AUCAAGGUGUAUUAAACCAGCAAACCAUCCUGACGAUAGCUAGCUGAUUUAUACCAGGUAUAUACAUACGACACGUUUAUUAGCAAUUUGUUUGUCUACUGGUAACAAUGGCUGGUAAAAUUGAAGUGCAGUCGGUUCAUAAGCCUGCAGUGAAACGACAUGACAUUAAUAAAUUGGACCUGGCCUUUGCUAUGGAUUGUACCGGAAGUAUGGGGUCCUACAUUAACUCCGCUCGGGAAAACAUUCGAAAGAUCGUGGAGGAGAUAGUGGCCAGUGAGAAAAGCGACGUGCGAUUGGCUCUUGUCAACUACCGGGACCAUCCCCCACAAGACAGCACGUUUGUCACACAGGUGCACGACUUUACCGGCUCACCUAACACGAUGAAAGGCUGGCUGAGCGCGACUUCAGCAGCGGGAGGGGGAGAUACACCGGAAGCUGUCGCCGACGCUCUGCACGAUGUUCUGAAAUUGAGUUGGAGGGAGGAUGCUACAAAGAUAUGUGUGUGCAUCUCCGACGCUCCUCCACACGGCUUGGGUGGUUGUGGUGAUGGCUUCCCAGACGGAUGCCCUGCCGGAAUUGACCCUAUAAACGUCGUCCACCAGAUGGCAGAAAAGGGAAUAACGUUAUAUAUAGCCGGUUGCGAGCCAAGCAUUACGCCGUACAAAAACUUUUUCAUGGCGAUCGCCUACAAUACAGGUGGACAGUACGUGCCAUUAAGCAGGGCUCAGGUUCUCACCCAGGUUAUUGUAGGCGGUGCUCAGGAGGAAAUGGCCCUUGAACGGCUUAUGGAAGAAGUGAAUGAGGAAGUUAACGCCGACAUCGCGGCCGGACGAGCCAUCGACGAAACAGAGAUGUCGAGACGGGUACAUUCUAAAAUGGCCUCCAAAGGUAUUCGUUCAAAGCAACUGCAGAGAAACAAGGCAGACUUAGUGAAUGCAGCGGACGUUCCGGAAGUGAGUGCCCUAUCCAAGCUGACCAAUAUGGCCGAUAUUAAAGCCUCCUUCAAGCCUUCGACUGGCAGUGAGCGCCUUACGUUCGCGAGUAGAUCUUUUGGUGGUGCACCGGCCCCGAUGUCGGCCCCUGUCGCCCCGAUGUCGGCCAUGAUGUCAUCUCCGGAGGAAGGCGAGAGUUACGAUGUUGCAGAAGCACCAAUAACUAUCGCUCAGUCACAUAGAAUGGUGAAGAAAAGUCUGGCUAGAAACAUGGUCAACAAAAAGUAAUAUUUUAGACACUGACGCCAGAUAACGUGACAAUUUGUAAAGAGGAAUGUGUUUCCCAAGUGACGUUUCAUUUAAGUAACUUAUUGAAACAUGAUAUAUAUUACAUACAUGUAUCAUAAAAUAUCAUGUGUUACCAUAAAAUAACAAAUCAUAUAUUGGAACAUCAGCUUCUCUUAUGUACAUUCUUUCUUAGUAUCGGACAUAUUUUUAAAACCAGGAAGUAGGUUGUAUCCUAAGUCUUAGUUUUCCCUUUCUUUUCGCUGUAUAUACCAAUACUAGUGAUGAAACGAUAAUCGAGUACAAUCGAUUUAUCGUCGCUGACAAUGCGAAAAUCGAUAGUGGUUGUCCAAAAUCGAUGUCGUUAAUAAUACUUCCGGUAACUACGUAUUUUUUGUUGUGGUUAAUGUCGAGUAAAUGUCAAAUUUUGUUUCCGGUAAAUUCUCGUUGAAGUCAUUUUAACAUGGGAGGUCACUCUCUUACACAAAUGCGGUGCAUGUAAACAUUUUUGCGUACAAACUCUCCCAAAAUUCAAAAUUGUUUUUAAUUGUUUAUAUAUUUCAUAAAAACUUCUUUAAUAAACUGUCUCUUUUUGUAGUGGGUCCGGUCUUACCGGUGAUCCCGGCUCGAUGCAUUCUGUUUUUAAUAUCGUUUUAAAUUCAUUAAUUUACUUUUUUGUGAAAGUUUUAUGAAAAUAAGAUUUUCUAAUGAAAUGUUCAAUUUAACAGUUUAUUGAAUGUUAAGCUGGUUCACAAAUAUUGAAUAUGCUUUUACAUGGAUAAUACGCUAAGAUAACUUACUUGAUGCGGCGUGCAUCAUUUUGCAAUUCAUGUGCAAUUAUUAGUAUUUGAUUUGUUGUUAUGUUUUUUCGUUUAGUUAUAAAAGACAGAUGAAGGUUAUUGAAAUUUACUUACUGUUGCAAAUAGCAUGACUAUAGCAUCACACGUACUGAUCUCAGGUUUAACCAUUUAAAUGAUCAUGAUGAUAAUAUGUAUAAAGAAAUGUAUUGCUUACUGAUAUUAUAAACUUUCGAUUAUUGUCCGAUAGUAAAUCGAAAUGCUUGGUCCGAUUCGAUUCGAUUAUCGAUAACAACGGAGUCCGAUUUUCAAACACUGUCCAAUACUAGAGAUAUAUUGUCAUUACUGUUUAUCAUAAUGUUUAUAGUAGAAAGAUUAUUUGUCAGUUUCUUCGUUAUUUAGCUCCAUUUCGUUUAUCAUUCAUUUUCGGAAAACCAGUAACUGUAUUCCAUGAACAAAGAGGUCAUGAAUUUUUGCUAGCAAACCUACAUUUCUACAAUUCUACAUUCACAUUUACAUUUCAUGGGUGGCUAAGUUUAAAUGUAAUUUCAAGGAAGAAAUCCAAGUUUUCCAUGUAACAUUUGCAAGUUAGCGACGUACCAUACAUUCAAAUGUACAUAUAACGUGUAUGUUACCAUUGUACAGUAUACGCGCAUUUGUGCCGUACCGUAUAUGUACUUGUGCGAGUAUAAUCACAACUGUACAGUAUACGCGCAUUUGUGCCGUACCGUAUAUGUACUUGUGCGAGUAUAAUCACAACUGUACAGUAUACGCGCAUUUGUGCCGUACCGUAUAUGUACUUGUGCGAGUAUAUUCACCACUGUACAGUAUACGCGCAUUUGUGCCGUACCGUAUACGUACUUGUGCGAGUAUAUUCACCACUGUAAAGUGUACGCGCAUUGGAUAUUUGCAAUAUUAUUUUUUUUGAAAUUCGGUUUCCAGUAUGCAUUUUAUAUAUUCCCACUUAUGUAUCGAUUUAUUGUUGAAUAGUUUGUUAACAUUUAUAUUAAGUUUUUUUUCAUGUUU